UGGAUAGCCAUUUGUCAGGAGUGCUUUGAUUGUGUUUUCCUGCAUGGCAGGGGGUUAGACUGAAUGGCCUUUGUAGUCUCUUCCAAUUCUUGUGAUUCCUUAUGACUGCUGUUUCUGAAUCAGGCCAAGAGGAUCAUCAUUGUUGUGGAUUCUUGUAUUUUGAUUAUGAUCAGUUGAUGUAACUGUUACAACUUUAAUGUCUACGAAAGCAAUCCAGGGCAAAGAAUAAUUGCCUGAUGUUCUGCUAGGUUUUGCGAUGGAACGAGUAUGGCUGCUGCUCCUGCUCACUAUAAAGGUGCUCUCAGUGACCACGCAAUUCAAUGGAUACAACUGUGAUGCCAGCCUCCACAGCAGGUUUCCGGCGGAAAGAGACAUCAAUGUCUACUGUGGAGUACAAGCAAUUUCUAUGAAGAUUAAUUUUUGCACUGUCCUUUUCUCCGGUUAUUCUGAAACAGAUUUAGCAUUAAAUGGGAAACAUGGGGACUCUCACUGCAGGGGAUUUAUAAACAACAACACAUUUCCUGCUGUGGUCAUAUUCAUUAUCAAUCUCAGCACAUUGGAGGCCUGUGGUAACUCUUUAAUGGUCACCUCGGUUCCAGGUGUUAAUGCUUAUGGCAAUAUAUCUACAGUCCAGAUAGGGAAUGUUUCAGGAUAUAUAGAUACCCCAGAUCCACCAACAAUCAUCAGCUAUUUGCCAGGACUUCUGUAUAAAUUUAGUUGUAGCUACCCUCUGGAAUACUUAGUCAACAAUACACAACUUGCUUCGUCAUCAGCUGCUAUAUCUGUCAGAGAGAACAAUGGCACAUUUGUUAGCACUUUGAAUUUACUCCUUUACAAUGACUCUACCUACAGCCAACAGCUGAUCAUUCCUAGUAUAGGGUUACCUUUGAAAACAAAAGUUUUUGCAGCUGUGAGAGCAACAAAUCUUGAUGGAAGAUGGAAUGUUUUGAUGGACUACUGCUAUACAACUCCAUCUGGAAAUCCAAAUGAUGAUUUGAGAUAUGAUCUCUUCUUUAGCUGCGACAAAGACCCUCAGACAACCAUAAUUGAAAAUGGGAAGAGUCAAAUGGGCCGGUUUUCCUUUGAGGUGUUCCGCUUUGUGAAGCACAAGAACCAGAAAAUGUCCACCGUUUUUCUUCAUUGUGUGACAAAGUUGUGCAGAGCUGACGACUGCCCUUUUCUUGCUCCUAUUUGUAGCAACAGAAAAAGAAGAGAUGUGGCAAAAAUAACCACUUGGAGCCCUCAGAGCACAUCUGGAAGUGCGGUCAUCACUGCUGGACCCAUCAUAACUAGAACUGAUGAGACUCCAACCAAUAAUUCACAACUUGGCAAUCCAAAUGGAUCUUCUUUCCAGCUCAAUUCUGUCACCAGUGCGUUGAUUUCAGGAAUAGUAAUUCUGGGAAUUAUGAGCACCGUCUUCUUCACAUUCUCCCUCCUCCUCCUCCACAGAAAAUGGCCCAGCAGUAGCCCAGUUUUGAGUGGUGUACGAAACCCUGUUUUUAACUAGAAAGAACAAAUCAAUGGGACAUUCUCUGUGGGACUGCCAAGAAAUGUAUUUUCUUUGAAGUGUCACCAAGGCAGCAUUCUGCCACUUUCAGAUUCCAGCUAGUCUUUCUUGUAGUUUUAUACAUGUUAUUGUAUAGAUAAUAAGCAGUAAAGAUGAUGGUGGCUCUUUUUCAUUUAUGUUUAUGGUUAUGUGAGUGAUUGAGCUAUUUGACAUUUGCCAACAGGAUUAUAGAUAAUUGAAGUGGUUUCAAACAUCCAAGUGGCAUCAUAAAGGGUUUUUUAAACAAGCUUCAGGCAAAAAAGAAAAAAGAAAAAAGAAGAAGCUUGAAGCAAAAACAUCCUCCAAAUAUAUCCAUAUUAUACAAACAUGACUGUAAUAAAAGACCUGUAGUUAAUAUGCCCUUUUGAAUGGGGCAACCUCUGUGUUUAUUUCUUUCUUUUUUUUUUGACAGCGUUAUACAUUUUAUUCCAUUCUUUAUGAAUUCUGGUACUUGAAGCACAUAGUUUUCAUUUUCUACUGCACUGCAGAAAAGAGCAGCAGAUAGUUCAAUAUAAUCAUAAUGAGUAGCUAUAGUUUUUAAUUGCUUGGGAAAUAUAAUCAAAUGGGAUGGGGUGAAUGUUACUCUGUUUUAGGUUGAGUUCAUAUUGUGAAAGGAAUUACAACAAUGGACAUAUGACUGACUUGUGCUUAAUCAUAUUUUUCCUAAGCCAAAAUGUUUUGUGUUGCAAAUUUAGGAUUGAACAGAAACCAUUCAAUGUUCUGGAAAUGCAUUUGGCAGUGUUGAAAAGCAUCCACUCAUUUGAGAUGUAUAGCUAGAAAAGAGUCACCUAUUUAUUCAAAUUGUCCCUUGCUCUUUCUUUGAAUUGAAUUUCUUUAGCCAUAAUUAUUUAUAUCACCCAAUAGCAAAAUCCAACCUCCUGUGUUGUGGGGAAGGAACUCACAUUUCUGCCCCCCUUCUCCCUGGCAGCCCUCACAGCCCCACAAAUGCCAAUUUAGGGUAUAGGUGGACCCUUUUGAGUGGAGAGGGUUGUGGACAGAAAUAAAAAAAAAGCUUACAUUAAAUUAAGGGGACACAUUCAUUUACACAGCUCCAGUCCAAAGUGUUGUAAACUUAUUGCUGGAACUAUUGUAUGCAAAAAUAUUAUUUUUCCAUAAGAUACAAUACUUUUUUGGGUGGGUGGGAAGGGGUACGCAUUAUUUUUUUAUGAAAAGGCCCCUGAAAUGCAAAAAGUAUUUGGGUGGUUUCUGAAUUGGGAGUCUUGGUGUAUUGAGGCUCCCUUUUUCACUGAAGGGAAGAAAAAGUGUGCAUAUUAUUUACAUCUGUACUUCACACAUUCACACAUUGAAAGGGGUCCUGCAAAUUUGGCUGAACAUCUGGAAUUCUUAAAAGUCAAGUUCAAUUUGGUUUGGUCUGUAAGUGUGUACACCUGAAUUUUCUUACAGGGCUCUUUGCAGAUGGUUGCACUGACUUUAAAGUUUAACAGCUGGGCACAUAGGGGCAUUUGGAGGCAUGAGUUACAUGUAUGCUCACUUCCUUCUUCCCUUCUGAACCAUAUGUAUAUGCAGGUUAAUGUGUUUGCAUAGGGCUUGCUGAAACUAGCCAACCUUUCAAUGCUUGGUAGGCUUUCUGUAGAAGAAGAUAUAUGAACUAUUUUAUGCUUAGUUUUUACUCCACCUUUAGGAUGAAGGAUAGUUCACAAAGACCACUAGAGAAAAGUAUUUUCCCAAAUGCCUUCAAGUAUUCGUGAGGCUUCAGAGACACUUUGGGCCUCAUUCAAGCUAUGAUGAAGUAAAAAGGUGUUCAUGCUAGAACAUAUGCUUUCUCCAGCGUAUUUAUGACUGCAAAUUGUAUGAAAUGUAAAACUCUUAAAAAUCCAAGUUAAUUUUCAGGUAAUCUUUUAAAGCCCCCCCCCCCCUCCAAUGAUCCAACAAUUUUGGAUUUUUGGAUUUAACAUCAACUAGAAGUACCCCCCCACCCCCCAAAAAGCUGGCCUUUUAUAUUGUUUUAAAGUUUAAAGUGUAUUAUGCUUGAUAUCUACUUUUUCUUUCUACUUUCAGUUAGCCAUAUGAUACUGUGACCAGACAUAUAACUAAAGCUAAUAAAAGUAGUGAUUGUCCAUUAUUGCUAUAACACUGAGAUGUAAUUCAGCUAUGUCAAGGCUAUUGAAAAAAAUGGGAUUAAUGAUAUGUGACCUGUUCUUUGUUUUUGUUACUUCCAAGCUCUGGUUGUAUUUUAUUAUGGAAAGCCAAUAGCUAGAAUUCUAUUUAAGUACAAUUCUGGCUUAUGCCGAUAUCUGUAGAUUGUAUAGGCUUGUAUCAAUACCUUCCUCAAAGAGGCAAUUCUCCUUUGCCUUGCGGUACAAUGAGUCUAUCUAAAACUAGCAUAUGAACACAUGUCUGCCUCCCCUGACUAGAAAAGUCACUGGGGUGGAUUGGUGUGCACAGGUGCACCUGUGGUACUUUACACAUCACUGGGGGUGAACAGCAUCUUGACUCAUAAGAACUUGAUGAGAGAAAACUAUUUGAGAAGUGUGGACCUUGUGUCUUCCCAACACACUUUGUUCCAUACCUUCUACAGCAAGGGAAGUUUGUCCCAAGACAUGUUGUUUCAAUAGUUAAAUAACGUUAGCAAUGGCCACUUAGAGAUGCAUGUACAGCUCACCAAAAAUGUUUGUACUGACAAUAAACAACACUGUAUAAUGGAGAACAUAUAAUGGGAUAUAGUUGGAUGCUGAUUUUAUCUGCCAGAUGCUAACAUUUUGGGUUUGUGAUCAUCACUACAUUGAGCGAACAGAAUUGCUACUGUACAUAUUGCUUCAGACAAUAUAUUUUUGGCAUUGUUCAGUUUCCUGUGUUAAUCAUGUCUCUGAUUUUUUUAAAUCUGGAAACCUAUGCAAAUAUCAGGGUUAUUUCGCUUCCAUGACUACAUAUAAAGCACACACAAAUAAUUCAUAUCACGCCAUAUCUAAAUGGUCUGUAAGGCCUGUUUAUAAACAUCCUGCUUGCUGCAGUAUCAGUGCUUUCACAGCAAGGGGCCAGCCCUGCCAUUACAUGGAUAAGAGGCAACCACCUCAGGUGCCAGGGGAUGAUAGGAGAAGUACAAUGUUAAAUAAGAAAGCUGUAUUGCAAACUGCUUGACCUGCACCCCUUAGAUAGCAUAUUACUUUCAGAUAUGACAAAAAAAUGUUGCCUUGUUGUCAGUCCAGCUGGAUUUGUAUAUGGGAUGUAUGCUAUCUUGUUCUGCCACAGGCGCCAAAGUGCCAUGGGUUGGCCCGGUUUCACAGGUACUGUGUUUGGUUUUCUCCAGUCUUAUUACCUCAAACAUAUUUUUGCACUUCAGGGUUUAGGUCUGAUGAUAUGUAAAACAUGAUUGUUUAAUAAAACAAUGACAAAAAUCAGAUAAA